CAAUACAAGAUCAAAGGUUGUCUGAAUGAGGCGUAAACAAAAAUGACGCGUCCAGUUCGACCAAUCACCAAUAACCCCAUUGUUGAAGUGUUGUACACAUGGCUAGACUUUUUCCACUCAAGGUGAUACCUUCAAAGAUGAUCACACUGUGUGUGAUAUUUCUCCUCCUUAAACAAAUGGAUCAUGUUCCAGCUGUAGCACAAUCCUCAGCCAUUCGUCUCGUAUCACCCAAUGUUGGAGACACAGUGACUUUGCACUGUUUCUAUGAAGGUGACAUGGCAGUAACAUUCUCCUGGUACAAGCAACCCUUUGGAAAUAUUCCUCGCCUCAUGUCAACAUUUUUUUUAAAGUAUGAUAGUGACGCUACAUUCUACCAUGAAUUUAAAGGUAACCCUCGCUUCUCAGUGGAAAGUGAUGAAGGAAAAAUUUACCUCAGAAUCUCAGACAUGGAACUCUCUGAUUCAGCUUUAUACUACUGUGGGAGCUCUUAUGGAAACAAGCUGGAGUUUGGAGAAGGAACCAUUCUCAUUGUGAAAGGUUCAGAGUCCAACAGUAAGACAGUUGUACAUCAGUCUGUGUCUAAAUCAGUCCAGCCAGGAGACUCUGUGACUCUGAACUGUACAAUACACACUGAGACCUGUGCAGGAGAACACAGUGUCUAUUGGUUCAGACAUGGUUCAGGAGAAUCCCGUCCAGGAAUUAUUUACACCCAUGGAGACAGGGGUGAUCAGUGUGAGAAGAGCGCUGAGGCAGAGUCUUCCACACAGAGCUGUGUCUACAACCUCCCCAAGAGAAACCUCAGCCUCUCUGAUGCUGGGACUUACUACUGUGCUGUGGCCUCAUGUGGGGUGAUACUGUUUGGGAACGGGACCCAGCUGGACAUUGACCAUGGUUGUAAGGAGGACCAUCUUCUGUUCAUGUAUUGCCUUGGCGUAGCGUUGGGUUUGUGUGUCCUCCUCAUCAUUGUCCUUACUUGUGUUUUGUACAAGAUGAGCAAGUGCAUAGGAACGCACCCUCAGCCAUGUGCUCCAACAGUCCCCAGUCAUGAUAACCAGGAUCGAGGUGUUGACACACUCCAUUACGCCGCUCUGAACGUCGUCCACCAGAAACCAAAGGCCGGGAGACAGAGGAGCGCCAUGGAGACAGACACUGUGUACUCUGGUGUGAGACGCCAAAACAUGGACUGAAACGUGAAGUUUUCCUCUUUAAUAACCUGAAUUGAUUUUGUGUGUUCUACACUGUAUGCAUAAUUAGGGGUUUUUCAGUGUGUUACAAUGACUUGUAAUCUGCCAAGCUCAUUUUUACAUUGACACUGUUGUUCAAUUUUGAUCAAAUAAAACAUUAAACUGCUUUCAUAAAGAGGAA